AAUUGAAGAAACGUCAGCCAGACGCGCCAAAAGAAGCGCGUAGAGAACAACGUGUAAGUAUAGUAACCUCAGAAAAGAACCACCGUGGAUCCCACCACACCUCAGCCUCACUCCUCCUUCAUCUCCGUCAUUAGUCAUUACCCCAACCACUCUUUUCUCACAAAUUCCGAUUUUCUCAAAAAACAAAAAAACACAAUCGAAGAGAAAUGGAAGAGAUUUCGACGGAUCCGCUUGUUCCAGCGGUGAAACCUGACCCGAGGACAUCUUCAGUUGGUGAAGGUGUUAAUCGUAAUGAAAAUGAUGACGGUGGAGACGGUGGUUCUGAGAUUGGAGCACCGGAUCUGGAUAAAGACUUGCUUUGUCCGAUUUGUAUGCAGAUUAUUAAAGAUGCUUUCCUCACGGCUUGUGGUCAUAGUUUCUGCUAUAUGUGUAUCAUCACACACCUUAGGAACAAGAGUGAUUGUCCCUGUUGUAGCCAACACCUCACCAACAAUCAGCUUUAUCCUAAUUUCUUGCUUGAUAAGCUAUUGAAGAAAACUUCAGCUCGGCAUGUGUCAAAAACUGCAUCGCCCUUGGAUCAAUUUCGGGAAGCACUUCAAAGGGGUUGUGAUGUGUCAAUUAAGGAGGUUGAUAAUCUUCUGUCACUUCUUGCGGAAAGGAAGAGAAAAAUGGAACAGGAAGAAGCUGAGAGGAACAUGCAGAUUCUGUUGGACUUUUUGCAUUGUCUAAGGAAGCAAAAAGUUGAUGAACUAAAUGAGGUGCAAACUGAUCUCCAGUAUAUCAAAGAGGAUAUAAAUGCUGUUGAGAGACAUAGAAUAGAUUUAUACCGGGCUAGGGACAGAUAUUCUGUGAAGUUGCGGAUGCUCGGAGAUGAUCCAAGCACAAGAAAUGCAUGGCCACAUGAGAAGAACCAGAGUGGUUUCAACUCCAAUUCUCUGAGCAUAAGAGGAGGAAAUUUUUUAGGCAAUUAUCAAAACAAAAAGGUAGAGGGGAAGGCACAAGGAAGCUCUCAUGGGCUACCAAAGAAGGAUGCGCUGAGUGGGUCAGAUUCGCAAAGUUUGAAUCAAUCAACUGUCUCAAUGGCUAGAAAGAAACGGAUCCAUGCUCAGUUCAAUGAUCUCCAAGAAUGUUACCUCCAAAAGCGGCGUCAGUUGGUGGACCAACCAAAUAGUAAACAAGAAAAUGAUAAGAGUGUAGUACGGAGGGAAGGCUAUAGCAACGGCCUUGCAGAUUUUCAAUCUGUGUUGACUACCUUCACUCGCUACAGUCGUCUAAGAGUUAUAGCAGAAAUCCGGCAUGGGGACAUAUUUCAUUCAGCCAACAUUGUAUCAAGCAUAGAGUUUGAUCGUGAUGAUGAGCUGUUUGCCACUGCUGGUGUUUCUAGAUGUAUAAAGGUUUUUGACUUCUCUUCGGUUGUAAAUGAACCAGCAGAUAUGCAGUGUCCGAUUGUGGAGAUGUCAACUCGGUCUAAACUUAGUUGCUUGAGUUGGAAUAAGCAUGAGAAAAAUCACAUUGCAAGCAGUGAUUAUGAAGGAAUAGUAACAGUGUGGGAUGUAACUACUAGGCAGAGUCUUAUGGAGUAUGAAGAGCACGAAAAACGUGCCUGGAGUGUUGACUUUUCACGAACAGAACCAUCAAUGCUUGUAUCUGGUAGUGACGAUUGCAAGGUUAAAGUUUGGUGCACAAGGCAGGAAGCAAGUGUGCUUAAUAUUGAUAUGAAAGCAAACAUAUGUUGUGUCAAGUACAAUCCUGGCUCAAGCAACUACAUUGCGGUCGGAUCAGCUGAUCAUCACAUCCAUUAUUACGAUCUAAGAAAUAUAAGCCAACCACUUCAUGUCUUCAGUGGACACAAGAAAGCAGUUUCCUAUGUUAAAUUUUUGUCCAACAACGAGCUCGCUUCUGCGUCCACAGAUAGCACACUACGCUUAUGGGAUGUCAAAGACAACUUGCCAGUUCGAACAUUCAGAGGACACACUAACGAGAAGAACUUUGUGGGUCUCACAGUGAAUAGCGAGUAUCUCGCCUGUGGAAGCGAGACAAACGAAGUAUAUGUAUAUCACAAGGAAAUCACAAGACCCGUGACAUCGCACAGAUUUGGAUCACCUGACAUGGACGAUGCAGAGGAAGAGGCGGGCUCAUACUUUAUUAGUGCGGUUUGCUGGAAGAGCGAUAGUCCCACGAUGUUGACUGCGAAUAGUCAAGGAACCAUCAAAGUUCUGGUACUUGCUGCGUGAUUCUAAUAAACAUACAAACGAUUUUAUAGUUUCUUGAAUCAAUAAAACAGUAAAUUUGCC